CUUUACUUGUAUUUGGAUAAUUGGGGUAAACAAGUUUAGGUAUGUUGACUUUAACAUAUUGACAUGAGAUCAAUUUAGUGUUAAUGUUAUUUUCCACUACUAUAUUAUUAGUUUAUUGUUAGGCUUACGUGUUCCAUAGGUUAUGGAUCUAUGGUUCACGGCUGGUCAUGCCCUUGGAGUUGGGGUGUGACAGAGAAAGCAGUUAGUCGGCAGCAGUGAGAAACUUGAUUUGUUUUAAGCAAGGAUAUGGUGAUAGUUUUCUUUGCCCAAAAAGAUCAUCAUAGAACUUUGUUUUGGGGAUGAGAAGUGGUGGUGACAGCCACUUCCUUGAUAAUAUGCAAUUCACUAUUGUACAAUGGAGAGCUUAAUACUGAGGUGCAUUGUGGAUUCUUGAGCAAAAACUAGACCCUUCAUGAGUUUAACUGGUCACGACCAGCAGUUGACAUGUGAGAGUAUGACCGUUGUGUAGAUUUUCUGUCAAGGGGGUAUGGAGGCGACAAUGACAGCCACUUCUUCGAUAAUGCCAAUCACGUAGGGAUUUACCCACCCUCGUAAGAAUUGAGUGUACCUUGCAGUUGCGGCAGCCGAUUGAGGCAUUCAACAAUGGGCACUGUUGGUGCUUGAUAGGAUACCCACAUGAAUAGUCGCUUGAGAGAGGCUGAGCCGUGGGCCAACCAACCACUGUGGUGAUGAUUCAAUGACCAUCCUCUAGGUGAUGUAAUAGCCUUUUCUUGGUGAGAGCGCGAAGACAUUUGCAAGCUUUUGGAUGAUGAGGACACCAAAUGCCACCCCAUGAUCUACUUGUUUUUGGCGACCACCUUUAGGUUGCACCGACUGCGGAGAGGCAAAAACCAGUCGAGUUCAACAAUUUAAAAAGUAAGUUCUGGAAUACUGAAAAAACAAAGACAGAUGCAUGCUUCCAAUAGGAUAACUUUGUCUCCUGUUAAGCAUAACAUGUGAUAUUGACCAUCUUUAAGUAUCGUAGUGCUUGUGUUUACAUGCAUCAGUACACAUGGUGUAGCUGUUCUCAAGAGCAAACCAUGGUAGCCAUACUAGCCUUUGUCUACAGUGAAAGUUGUCUUAACAAUUGAAUGAUGUAUGGCUAUGGGAAAGGAGAAAUUGGGCAGCUCUUUAUCGAAGGAUUUGGAUCUUCAAUGUUGUUUGGCACCAUUGUUGGAUAGAUGACAAAUGGUGAGAUUUUCUUUUCUGAUUUAGGUACCCACGUUGUUUUGUGACGAAAUAGCUUAUUCACAUGUUUUUCUGAUGGUUCAUAACUUAAAUUCAGGGGUCGGAAACGAGCAUGCGUGACUUAUUGCAUUACUUACAUAUUAACCUGUAUUACCAAGCAUUCUCAUCAGUACAAAGUUUUGAUGUUGGGUCGUAUUUUGGGUGGUAUUGCCACUUCUCUCCUAUUUUCAGCUUUUGAAUCAUGGCUUGUGGCUGAACACAACAAGGUAAAAGGCUCUUACUUGUAUUAGUGACUGGUGACAGAGGAAUCCAUAUUGAAUUGAUUACAGUUCAUAUUUGAAUUUUGAUGAACAGUAUUAUUGAUCCUGAUGCGUAACUGUGGUAUUUUGUGUGAGCAUGAUUGCAUCUGAGAAUUGGAUUCCCUAUGUGUGAACAUAAUCUGUAGUUUUUUUGCACAAUGGGGGACCUUUCUUUCUAAAAGCCUAUUUCUUGUUGGAGCCUUUUCUAGAACUUUGAUGACGGAUGGCAUUGGUAAGCAAUUAUUUCAUCAUCAUAAUGCUUCCAGAGUUUUGCUUAAAUUUCUUGUAUCUUGCAAACUCUUUAGAUUAAUCUUGUUGUCCUGAUGUCUGCUGAUUCAUUGGGCUCUCUUUCUUGUAACCAGAUUAUAGUAGUCCCAUAAAUUCUUCCAAGAAAUAAGAAAAGAAAACUACUUAGUGAAACUGGAUCUAUAUCCAUAAUUUUGACUCUAAUAAUUUUCAAUUGCGCCCUAGUUGCCAGAAACACUGGCUACAGAAAUACAGAACUGGAAUUGUUUGAUCGUUCUGCCCUUGUUUAUUUUGCUCCUAUUUUGGAUAGGAUGCUCAAAAGAUUGUGUCUAGGGAUCCCCACUUGUCAUCAAACUUUUCCCUUUCGUCAUAUUGUCAUUUUGUUUUUCUUGUUCUUUUCUGCUGCCUUCCUUUGAUACUUUCUGACCUGGCGAUGAAGGACUUGAACCGUCAAGCUGUGGUUCUUUCUUUGUCAUCCGUUUUUGGAUGUGUAAGUGUAAGCCAACUCUAGGCAACAACUAGUUUGUAGUUUGUCCAUAGAAGUUACCUCAUUUUCAUUGUCAUUGACCCUGUUUUCUGCCUAUUUCUGCAGAGAGGAUUUGAUCAACAAUGGCUCUCAAUAACUUUCUCCCAAUAUUUCUCAGCAAUGGUCUCGUUGCUAUUGUGCCCGGGUUGUUCGGAAAUCUGCUAGUUGAUACCAUGAGUCUUGGGCCUGUGUCCCCCUUUGACGCCACUGCAUGCUUUCUUGCCAUUGGCAUGGCAGUUAUACCAUCAUCGUGGGGUGAGAACUAUGGUGACCCUUCAGAGAACAAGGACUUGCUUACCCAGUUCAACGGUGCUGCUGUGGCCAUUGCUUCAGAUGAGAAGAUUGCAUUGUUUGGUGCAAUACAAUCCCUCUUUGAAGGGUCAAUGUACACCUUUGUGUUCCUCUGGACACCUGCUUUGAGCCCAAAUGAGGAGGACAUUCCCCACGGUUUUAUAUUUGCAACUUUUAUGCUGGCUUCAAUCCUGGGAAGCACUAUUGCGUCUCGCUUGAUGGCCCGCACAUCAUUAAGAGUUGAGAGCUAUAUGCAGAUUGUUUUUGUGGUUUCUGCUGCCUCUCUUCGGCUUCCUAUUGUGACUACUUUUUUGGUAGCUCCUUCUAAGGUGGAAGGUGGAAGCAUCUCAUUUGCAGGUUGUAUCCAGCUUAUUGGCUUCUGUACCUUUGAGGCUUGUGUGGGUAUAUUCUGGCCUUCCAUUGUGAAGAUGAGGUCGCAAUACAUUCCUGAGGAGGCGAGGAGCACCAUUAUGAACUUUUUCCGCAUUCCUCUCAACAUCUUUGUUUGCAUCGUUCUUUACAAUAGGCGGCUAUUGAUGAUAGCAGAGAAGUCAAAGACAGAAGAUUGGACAGCAUUAAAGGAAAAGGACAACGAGGCUGAGCCGUUGAACGAUGCUUGAUUCCAAAAUUGAAAAACACCGCCUAAUUCAUUCCACAAACUGUCACAGGAUUUGGUUUACUUGAUGCUACGUUCUAUUCAAAUGGUGAUGGUCACAUUUUAUUUAAACUACAAUUAGUGGUCUGCAGGCAAAGAAAGGAAAAGAGAGGUACGGGACCGUGCCUUAAAGCGAACUGAGUCACAUUAGCCUCAGUUUGGCGUCUGCAUCUCUUACUGUUGGGAUAUUCUAUAUUUUGUUAUGUAUAAUUCAAAUUAUUUCUUGUUCUAAUAUAGUUCUCAUGUUUAAGCAUCUAUUAAGAUGCCAGUUUUGCUCAUGACAGUUUGAAACGGUGUAAAUGAUCCUUUAUAACACCAUAUUGUAAUUUUUAAAACACCAUUAUUAUAAAUGUUUAAGCAUUUAUAAUAAUGAAAACUUUG